UUUCCUCUGCGCUUCAUUGGUCGGCGGCUCUGUUGAAUGAAGCGCCGCAGAAACGAGCGAACAGCAGCGGACAGGAGGGAGAAGCGUGGGCCGCUGCAGCUGCAGGGAUCGACCGAGGCACAGUCAACACCACCACCGCGCUGCGGUGAAGCCGCUAGAGGACAUCGGUUACCGGUUAUCUGUCGAUCAGAGGCUCUCCAGAGGAGACCAGAGGAGAGUGAAUGAGGUUAAUGCUGCUUUGCUGCACCUGGAAGGACGAACGCAUGGGAGAGGAGGAAGCUGGAGGGAGUCUGCCCCAGUGUGCGGGAUGCAAUGAGAGGAUCUACGAUGAGCAGUACCUCCAGGCCCUCAACGCCGACUGGCACACCAUCUGCUUCAGGUGUUGCGAGUGCAGCGCCUCCCUGUCCCACUGGUAUUAUGAGAAAGAUGGACGGCUCUACUGCAAGAAGGAUUACUGGGCCAAGUUUGGGGAGCUGUGCCACGGCUGCAACGACCCAAUCACCACCGGCCUCAUCAUGGUUGCAGGAGAACAAAAGUAUCACCCAGAAUGCUUCAGCUGUCUGAACUGCAGGGCGUUUAUCGGUGAUGGGGACACAUACGCUUUGGUGGAAAGAUCCAAACUUUACUGUGGUCAGUGUUACUACCAGACCAUCGUGACCCCGGUGUCACUGCCAGACUCGCCGCGCUCCCGGAUCCCACACACCGUCACGCUCGUGUCCAUUCCUGCCUCCAGCGAGGGGAACAACGGAUGCAGAGGGCGGGGCUUUUCUGUGGCUAUCGACCAGCCGCUCAGCCCUACCAAAGGUUUGAGCCCUGAGCAUGGACGCACCGUCAGAGUGUCCCAGGUGGAUGCUGACAGCAUCAGCCCAGAUGUGAAAAACUCAAUUCAUGUUGGGGACAAGAUCCUGGAAAUCAAUGGGACGCCCAUUCACAACGUUCCCCUGGAUGAGAUCGAUUUGCUCAUCCAAGAGACGAGCCGGCUGCUGCAGCUCACCAUUGAACAUGACCCUCAUGCUCAGGAGGGAGGCUCUUCAGAGGCCGAGGAUCAGGUGGAUGGCUACCUGUUUACACCAGUGUCGGACGGCCCCAGCCCCACCCUGCCAAUCACCCAGCCCCCGCACCCUGACAUCAGCAACCUUAAAUCGCGAAUAAUUACUCGGAGCUACAGCAUUGAUAAGUCACCUGGCUCCAGCAACGCAGCUUCACCAAUCUCACACAGGAAGGAAAUGAAUCGGUCGGAGUCGCUCAGGGUCGUCUCCAAUCGGACUCACCGCAUCUUCCGCCCGUCUGACCUCAUCCACGGAGAAGUCCUCGGGAAGGGAUGUUUUGGACAGGCCAUAAAGGUGACCCACAAAGAAACAGGGGAGGUGAUGGUGAUGAAGGAGUUGAUUCGUUUUGACGACGAGACGCAGAGAACAUUCCUGAAAGAGGUGAAGGUGAUGCGCUGCCUGGAUCACCCCAACGUUCUUAAGUUCAUUGGAGUCCUCUACAAAGACAAGAGACUCAACUUCAUUGCAGAGUACAUAAAGGCAGGAACCUUGAGGGAAAUAAUCAAGAAGAUGGACAGCAACUAUCCCUGGAACCAGAGGGUCAGUUUCGCUAAGGACAUUGCUGCUGGAAUGGCAUAUCUGCAUUCAAGGAACAUAAUCCACCGGGACCUGAACUCACACAACUGUCUAGUUCGAGAGGACAACACUGUGGUGGUGGCAGACUUUGGCCUGGCUCGGCUCAUGGUGGAUGAUAAAUGUGAAAAUAAGCUGACGCAAGGAAAUCUGUCAGGGCUUAAGAAGCCUGACCGCAGGAAGAGGUACACGGUGGUGGGAAAUCCCUAUUGGAUGGCUCCUGAGAUGAUUCAUGGGAAAAGCUAUGAUGAGAGAGUGGACAUCUUUUCCUUUGGUAUCAUGCUCUGCGAGAUCAUUGGCCGAGUGAAUGCAGAUCCAGAUUACCUCCCCAGGGCGAUGGACUUUGGACUGAACAUCUCUGGCUUCCUGGAGCACUACUAUCCCCCCAAUUGUCCCCCUGCUUUCUUUCCUAUUGCUGCUCUGUGCUGUGACCUCGAUGCAGACAAAAGACCUGCAUUCUCCAAACUGGAGGAGUGGCUAGAGAACCUAAAGAUGCACUUGGAGAUUGGCCUACCACUGAUGUCAGAACUGGACCAGUUGCACAAGGCCUUUUGGAAGCGCCACAGCAUACCGCGUCCUGAGAACGGCCUGCACACUCAUCCUGAGCAACCAGAGUAGAGCACCUCAAGAGGUGUGGCAAGGUUGGAGUUGGCUCCUUAGGAGGCCGUGACCCACCCGCCUUGGGUGGCAGAACCCUGCUGGAGGAGACUUCUUAAUAUUCCUUCAUGACUGAAGGAGAGGAUGUUGGUUUCAUCUGGCUCAGGCCAGAAUGAAUAGACUCAGGGGGAAAAUAUGAAUCUAAAAAGCCACCAGUGUGUGAUGCACACACACGCACACUCACUUCAGCUGUAUCUGUAGCUAAAGUAAAUCAUGCCAUACGCAAUCAGUAAAAAAAUUUUAAACUGCGAUUUAUUCAUUCAGAUUCAGCAAAAGUGGUCACACCAGAAUACUUACUGUGCUUACUGUAGUGUGUAAUUUUACUUACAAAAUAUAGCAGCAAACCUUCAGCCACAUCACUUCAGUUCUCUGCAGGGGUGCAUUGUGCACUUUGUGUCUGAGAACAUUGUGUUUGGUUUUCUUUUGGCUUUGGAUCUCGAAACUGAACUGAGAAAUGCAAAUAAAAUGCAACCCCCUCCUUCCCCUUAUCCGAAGAACAGUUAAUAGACCUGCUUGUACAAAUGAAGUGAAACCUUUCGAGCUUUAAGUAUCUAAUUGACAAAUGCAUGACUGUAAAUAAUGCUGCUAGGUCAAAUCCUGCUUCAUUGUGCCCCUCUGACCCCAUUCAGUCAUGAACCACUAAUCUACACUUGGAGCUGCCCAUCUCUACUGUGUAUUCUGUAGCACUAAAUUUAUAGUAAGGUUCACAUCCUAAAUUUGGUACGUUUUCUCUCAGUUCUUAGUGUAUGCCAUUUAUAUUAACACUCAAACACAUUAUGUGUACAUAACCGGCAACUUUGUAAAUGUUUUAAAUAUUUAAAAUGUACAGACAUAUUUUAUAUACGUAUGUUACAUCGCCAUAUUUUUAUUGGCUGACCAGUUAAAUGGAGAGUGGAGCAGUUAAAAAGGCACAGCAAUUUUUUUUUUUCUUAUUUAUCAUCUGUGUUGUCCCCACUGUGUCAGGUGGAAGGCUUUGAGACCCUCUAUAAACACCUAAAAACCUCAGCUGAAAAAAAAGUUAUCUGAGAGCUAAUUCUGAUAAAGGUAUUAAGUUACUAUUCGAACCUUCUGCAAUCAAAUCGAAUGUAGUUGCAACUUUGCAAACCCUGAAGCUACAGUGCCUUGAUAGGUAUUUAUACUUUAAACUUUUUUGUACAAUUUGUCAUGUUACACCCACAAACUUAAAUAUAUUUUGUUGGGAUUUUAACAGAUUGACCAAUACUGUAUGUCUCUACCAGCUUUGCACAUGUACAGAGAUUUUUACCCAUUCUUCUUUGCACGAUAGCUCAAGCUCAGUCACAUUGGAUGCCAAGCAUCUGUUAUCAUCAAUUUUCAAAUCUUGCCACAGAUUCUCAGUUGGAUUUAGGUUUGGACUUUGACUGAACCAUUGUAACGCAUGAAAAUGCUUUGAUCUAAUUCAUUCCAUUGUAGCUCUGGCUGUAUGUGUAGGGAGAUUAUCCUGCUGGAAGGUGAACCCUGUAGUGUAAUGUGCAGUGUUAGUUUUCCUCCAAAAAGGAAAUCAUAUUUCCUUGUUAUUCCACUUAACAAGUAUUGCUCUACUUUGUGUUGGUCUAUCACAAAAAAAAUCAAAAUUUAGGUUUGUGUUUGUAAUUUGACAAAAUAUAAAAAAGUUUAAGGGGUCUACAUGUGUUUGGAAGGCACCGUACGCAUUCUGAUAAUCUCUAUUCACAAUACUGGAAUAAUAAUGUACAAUCCAUUCUCGCAUUAGUCCAUAUUCCCGUCUCUCCUCCCAAGGAUCAACCCCACUGUAUGUUUACAUGUAAAAGCUCGAUGUACUGUAAAUAUCACUGUGUAUAUAUGUGUCUGUCUCCUCCGAAAUAAUCACCACUAUCAGAUUUCUCCAGCACCUUCUAACACACAACAGUCUCUAUUCUACGAAUCUUUUAGUUUCCUUUAAGUUUGCAGCGUGAUGUAAUGUCCAGGUCUUUUUAUGCUUUUACUCCAAGCUGCUUUGGUCUCCAAACAUUGUGUUUUAUUUUAAAUAAAAUAAAAAACUAAGAUUAAAAGACAAAUUAAGUCAAACAAGAAAAACAGGACUGAGUAGAAAAUGAUAGUAUGAGAAUCAUUUUUUUUUAUAUCUACCCACUGAAACUCGUGUACACAUUUGAGUACUUUUGUUUGCACUAAAUGCCCGCUCUAGGCCUUGUUUUCUUAAUUUUCUCUUUUGGGCUACUUGUGAUAAGGAAAAUGAAUAAUGUCAGUUCAGGUUGAUAUAUGAAUGCAAACCACUGAUAGAGCCUUUCAACUGUAAAAAAAAAAAACAAAAAGGGAUCUGGGAAGUUCAUCCUCUCAGUAGCAAAUUUAACUUCUUUAAUUAUUUAGUUGCAACUCAAUUUGAAUUAAAAUCAUGUAUCCCAUGCAAUAUAGUCUUUGGUGUAUAAAUGGCUAGCUAAUUUGCAUCUAAGGGAUAAAAUGUUCAUGUUUUUGCUACUGUGAGGCUGUGAUGACCCAGUUCUGCCUGCUGCCUACAGACUGGUCCUUUGUGAGUGGUGUUUUGUGCUGUUUCUGACUGCUUGUGAUGCCCACAGAGGCUGCAAUCACUCUUUCUGAUAGCUGAGCACUUAAACUUCACCUCUUCCUCACCUUAACUCUUUUUGGCUCAGGGCCGUAAUGUUUUCUGGAGUAUUUCUUCACUUCCUAAGUACCCACCAGUAACAGAAAGACUGGAGGAGCAUGUGAACACGUGUCCCUCUUUGAAAAAAAGCCCCCACAUACAACUCUACUGACAUACAUACAUGAGUGGUCUCAUGUUUUCUUCACCAUUCCUGUCUGAGCCAUGUCGAGCAUGUUAGAUGUCAGUAAGGAUGUGUUGAUCACUGAGAAUGUCGCCGCAGCACUUCUUUGCAAAGGAUCGUUACCUCUGAACAAUGCUGUGCCUUUGUUGUUAGCUAGCCUUGCCAACGACUCGAAAACGUGAACUGAUUUCCUGUUUAGUUUUUUUUUUUUUUAUGUACCAUAAGUGCAAGCCUGAUUCAAGUGAACUAAAUAUCAAAGUUGAUACCAUCUUGUAUACGAUUUCAUCUUGUUGUGUAUCUUAUUUAUAUUUUCCAGAACUCCAUUGUCAGUUUUGAUAUUUUAAUAUUAUAUUCCUUUUUUGUCUUAUUUUUUUUUUUUUUUUUUACACAAGCUGUGAAAGCGGUUCUGCACUUUAAUCCUGAAUAUCUGGACUCUGAGGAGGUUACUGUUUUUUGUCUUUCUUUUUGGUCACAGCUGAAAAUAAAAAUGAUGCUUCCUAAA